AUGGACAAGACCCCGGACAGUUACCAGGAGCUAGCAUCUUUCCUGAGUCGCACCAUCUUCUCCCAAGUUGCUUCCGACGAAGACGUCCAACACGCCAUGACGGGCGGCAUAGAGCCAUCAAACGCACCAGAAGAUGGUACGCCCCCGCCGUCCCGCGAUCCUCUCAAACGACCUGCAACCGAGACAAUCGCAAUGCCGCCGCCGUCUGCAUGCUUCCCGCCACCUGGAGUUGAACGCGAUGUCGCCGCCGACGAACAGUAUCUCGGACCCCUUCGCGCUGAGCUCGCGGAAAUUACAAAGGCAGCCAACAUGCACCAGUGCACCUACACCUGCCACAAACACGGUCACGCGAACUCGUGCAGGUUUGGCUUCGGGAAGGACGGAAAGCCGCUUGAAAGUCGCACAUGCGUGCAGCGCGGCUUCCGUCAGAUUUAUCCCAACGGCGACAGCGUAGUCGGGGGCGUCUUGUACUCAGCUUCUCAGAGUCGAGACGCUAUUGCAGCUGCGGAUGCCGCCGCGGCUAAAGAGGAAGAAGAGAUCCAGAAGUUUGCCGAUGAAUCCGACGACGUUUCGCGCGGGAAGCUGGAUUUCGCAACGGUAGCUGAGCGUUUUACUGCAAAGCAUCGCCGUGAGCACCGCAAAGUCAACUCCUACAAUCUCAUCAUCGCUUUCUGCACGCGCAGCAACAUGGACAUCAAGGCUCUGCUUCGCGAUAGUGAUGCCAGGGGCGCGCUGUUCUACAUCUUGAACUACAGCACGAAGACCGAGACUACAAUGGACGCUCUGUUGAAUGUCCUCGCCCCAGUUGUCGAACGGAUUAAGGACGAAGCUGAAGGAGCGCCGGCGGCCGUCACAGCAGCGCAGUUAGUCCGCGCUUGCUCGUGCAAGACGGUAGCACACAUGCCCGUAGGCGCGCCAGCUGCCGCCAGCAAAGUCCUUGGGUACACCGACGCCAAGAGUGCUCCCGACGCUCGGACCUGCCCGAUGAAGCCUCUGCUCGCCCUAGCGUCAGCGUCAUUCGACGCCUUGCCUCCGGCCGAGGGCAGCAACGAGAAUGCUGAUGACGAGGACGACGGCGACGACGACGACGACGACAACGACUACCACAGCGGUGCCAUUCUCAACACCUCCGGCGGCAAGAUCAGAAUCUCCAUAAGCUUGCACGAGCUUUACCUUCGACGAUGUCUCCCGAAUGACACCGAACACCCGUACCACGGCAUGUGUUACGCCGUUUGGGCUCGCCUAGUGCGAAUAGAGAACACGCCUCGGAAACAAAAGCCUGCGCGUCGCCCCAACGACGACAACGACCGAGAAUCGGGAGACAGCGAUGACACCUGCGACACCCCUCCUCCUUCCCCUCCUGCGGCUAGAAGGAAGCGGGGGCGCCCACUCGCGAAACGGCACGACUUCGUCGGCCUCCCGACGGUCCACAAACAGCAGGUCACACGAGAAGAACCCAUUCUUAUAAACAUCAUGCGCGAUGUGCCUAAGCAAGACACCCAACCGGAAAACCACGCCCAGCUUCUCCUGUGUUUGUAUAAGCCGUUCUUCAAGAUACAUGACCUGCGCUUGCCCGAUGAGGCGUCUUGGGCCGUAGCUCUUCGCCGUACGGAAGAAUCAGGUCUGUGGGACCAGAGGUCGACAUCGAUGAGAAUCAACAUCAAGGGGAUGCUCCGACAGCGCCAUGCCGCCGAUGAGGAGAAUCGUGCUUCUUCCGUCCUCCAGUCUCUCCGUAGACGACGACCGUUGGGCGCGUGCGGAGGGGCUGACAUAGACGGCGAUAUAUUCGGCGCCGACGUCGACGACACCGAUCCAGCUGGUCCCAACGUCAUGCCACCGGCCCGCAACGCUCACAGAGUUAGCGCGUACGUCAACAACGCGGUCGACCGCUGCCUUGACGCCGGUUUCAGCAGAACUGACAACGACCGUCUCCCGCAAGCCGCGUUGUUGAGCGGCCGAAGUAGCCAUCAAAUCGCGGCCGACGCCAGCAAGGAUGCCCUGCUGAAAACGCGCGAGACCGAAGCAGCAACGGCGGUCCCGGACGACGCCCCAGACGUCGCAGCCACCAAGCCCUACAACGCGGAUGCGCUGAGCCCCUACCUUCGCGACCUCCGUUCUAAGUCCGAAGCCGGCUUGUCGAAAGACGCCAAAGACAGAAUGGACAGAAGACGUAAGGAGACCAACGAGGCCGUCGCAAAAACCGACGUUGGUCGAUCGUCACCGCAGCAGCAUGACGCCGUCAGACGAAUUGCGGACGAGUUCGGGCUGAAUCGUAAGCAGCGGCUUGCUUUUUUCAUCUUUGGAGCGGCGUGGAUAGCAAGAGACGGCGUCCCAACACCAAACGCUCUCCGCCUUCAUGUAUCUGGAGGGGCUGGGAGCGGCAAGUCUUACGUUCUCAGGGCUAUCGUCGCGUUGAUUGACUGCCCAGCCCUCAAGGGUGUUGUGCAGCCAGGCGGGUUGUUAACUGUGGCGUUUCAAGGGAAGGCGGCCGCCAACGUCGGAGGAAACACCGUCCACUCCGUCGCCGACGUCCCCCGCAAGAACAACGACGGAGCCAUGGACAACACAAUCGGACAAACGGGGUUGUCGGAGGCAAAAGCCGCAAGAUGGACCCACGCUGCUGCACUAGCGAUCGAGGAGGUUUCAAUGGUUAGCUGCCUACAGUUGGGGUCCCUGCACAAAGCAGCCGUCUCGGUGAGGCCGUCAUCUGCGAGCCUGCCGUUCGCCGGGAUGAUAUACGUCACAUUCGGGGAUCUGAAUCAGCUGGCACCCGUCUCCGCCAAGUCUGUUGUGUUCGGCGCCACCGACUCUAGCGAACUGCACAAGAUGACGCAUACGGAGCGUAUUGGCCACUCCAACUUCUGGGCUGCUAAUGCCGCGGUCGUGCUCGACGAGACGAACAACAGGUUUUCCGCUACCUACGCGCCGGUCAUGGAUCGGGUGCUUCGUCGAGUAUCCACAGUAACCGACGUCGAGGCAUUCAACGCUCGCACACUGGGCAGCUUUUCGCGCCUUCCCGACGGGACACUCGCCAAGCUCAGCAUGAAGCACUGUUGGAUGGCCCAGACGAUAACUUUUCGCAACAAGGCGACAAGCGAAAAAGCCACCAUCGUCAGCAUCGACCUCGACCCGCGAGAGGCUAUCGUAGACGGCGAGCCGGAGGGCUACCGUGUCGUCCACCUCGUGCAUCCUCCAGUCAGAGUCGUCAUCUUCAUCCAAACCGCCUACGACGCCGGCCUGCACCUUCCCUCCUUGAACCGAGGGGAAGUAGCAGUCGGCGUCGAAAGCCGGUCCUUCGACGUGAGAGGGCUCCAUGACAAGAAAUACUCUUUUAAGAGGGGCCAGCUCCCACUACUGCCUGGCCAUCUGUCUUCCGUAUACCGCGCUCAGCACUUCAUCCACGCGUACAUGCACACCUCCGUCCUUCCCCAACUCGUCUCUUUUUGCCUGUCCUCCUGCUACCUAUCGUCCAAGGGCGAAACGAUCAAGACUCUGUUGCUCCACAUGACGAAGCCCGUCGACGGCGUCAUGGACCCAUCAGCCGCAUACGUCGCUCUGUCUCGCGCCACAUCUUUCGAGAGCCAAGGCUCUUGA